AUGCCUUCGAGAUGGCAGAGACUGCAUGUCUCAUCCUCUGGCAAUGUCCCCACUCUCUUAUAUCAAUUUACCUUCACUGUGGACGGAUACGAGCUGUAUAUCACCGACCUUACAUACAUGUGGUCGGAACAUUUGGAUCGUAAAUCUAUACUGCGACGAGCAGAUGAAGACGACACCACCAUUGACCCCAGUGAAGAUAACGACCAGUUUACAGUGCUUCUACAGAAGAUAGAAGAGGCGCUGCAUCAUGACUCUGGGCAUAGUGCUGCGCUCAGCCGGGGCUCAGAGGGUGCGAACCUACACCUGUUCACCACAACAAAGCUCCCGGCUCCGCUCAACCCUCUCCGAUGGAGGUUUUACUUAUCCCAGAACCCUCAUUCUACGACUACUGACCAUCUGCUCUUGCCGCUGGUCAAAUCUGAGGCCGUAUGGCAAUCGCGGGAACAGGUUUUGAUCGACCAGCUGAUGAAGAAAGACUGGGUCUUAGGGAAGCUCUUCGACAAGCUCGAAGCUCUAGGUAUCGACAUUGGCACAGUCUUCCCUGGCGUCUCCGGUCAUCGUCCGGGACAGAAAGACACGAUGCUGUCACAUACUGCCAAAUACAUCAAAGGGGUCGAGCCAUUCGACAAGGACUCCUGGAUUCGCGAGACCAAUGUAUCCUUUCCCGAGCUCAGCUCCGCGGCCAAUCUUGCCACGGAAGCCACUGGCUCCGGGGUUGGUGCUGCCGAUAGAGUGCGAAACCUCACUGCCCCAGCAGACGGAUGGUGGAAGCAGCUCUCAACUGCAGUCGUGGACUCGUCGUCCGACAAUGAGCCCCGGAAGCCUGCCGUAGAGAAGCGCCAGUUUGAUGGUGGUCUCGAGACUGACACUGAUAGUGGAAAUGAGGAUGACGACGACGACGACUUUGAGACGCACCACAGUCAAGACGUCAAGUCCAAGCCCUGGUGCGGAGCCAAGCUCAACAGGGCACGGGACGAGAUCACCGUCAAGGUCGGAGCAUUUAACAAGAAGACACCGCCCUCUUCUGCUUCAGAGGUCGACAUCCCAGAACGGAGAGCCAAGCCAUCAAUACCUCCCUCCAGAGCAACAGAUAGCGAUGCAACCGCCUCUGAGACAGACGGAGACGACGACCUCUCUUCACCCCCACCACCGAAACCGAAGGCACCAGCACCAGUCAAGCGCGGCCUUGGAAUCAUAGGCGGCAAGAAGAAAGAGCAACCACCAUCUUUGCCAUCAUCUUCAAAUCGGCAACCCUCUCAACCACCAUCAGACCAGCUGUUUGAGUCAAAGACCCAGACCCCGCCCAAACGGCCCGGUCGGUUGGGGGUGAUAGGAGGUGUUGCACGCUCUACUAAGCGCACUGCGGAAUCUCAACCACCAACAAACGCUGCGUCAUCUGCCAAAUUAGAACACUCGGAUGAUGCACCCGAAGGAGCCACUGCAGAACUAGCAGACCCGCGAGCAGCCCUUUCAGUAUCUCAGGAACAAAAGCCUGAAUUGACACUACCCGCGGAACAAGAGAAAGAGGAGAGUGAACAGCAGCGGGCCGACAGGAAGCGGGAUGAAUUGAAACGACAACUCGAGGCGAAGGCCAAAGCUCCAGCCAAGAAGAAACGAAAAUUCUGA